CUUUCUAGUAUGUAUCAUAAAAGCCUGCUCGAUCCAAUUAAACAACGACAAGCUAGCAUCUCUAAUUACAUUGGUAGAGAGAUCCAUAUCUGUAUAGUAGUGCAGUCUUCUUCUUUUUUUUUUUUUUUGGAGGUAGUACUAGCUACUAUCGCUGCAAGUACAUUAAUGGAGAACAACCCUAGUUCAUCAAGAACUGACAGAAAAACCAUAGAAAGAAAUAGGAGAAAUCAAAUGAAGGCACUCUAUUCCCAGCUCAAUUCUCUUGUACCCCAUCAAAGCUCAAGGGAACCAGUACUGUCACUGCCUGAUCAACUAGAUGAGGCUGCAAGUUACAUAAAAAGGCUGCAGACUAACUUGGAGAGGAUGAAGGAAAAGAAAGACAAUUUAAUGGGAACGGAAAGGAAAAAUUAUGCAAGCAUGAGUAGUUGUAAUGGAACAACUACUGGGCUAAGAUCACCACAAAUUGAGAUUCGCGAAACGGGUUCCACUUUAGAGGUUGUUUUGAUAACUGGCCUGGAUGGUCAGUUCAUGUUCAAUGAGACCAUUCGUGUGCUUCAUGAAGAAGGAGCUGAGAUUAUUAAUGCCAGUUUCUCUGUUGUGGAAGAUACUGUAUUCCAUACAAUACAUUCUAAGGUGGUAGUAGCAUAGGUUGGAGAUUCUGCCCCCAGUAAUGGAGCUGCAAGGAUAUCUCAGAGGCUAAACCAGUUUGUCCAAGAUGAUAAUGCGCUUUAAAGUGUAGCGUGAGAUUUGCUGGCUUAAGUUGAAGAACACAAGGAGACCUCAUUACUUGUACAACAGAAGUAAAUUACCAAUUAUGUUUACAUGUGUGUGUGUGUGUGUGUGUGUGAGAGAGAGAGAGAGAGAGAGUUUUCCUAGCCAGAAGACUUGCUUAUGCAUGUCCAAAUGCAUCUUAGCAAUAUAUUUAAGAUUUAUAGUUCUUGUUCCUAGCUAUCAAUCUGGGCUUUUCAUGUUAAUUCAUGUUGGAUAGAACUAACUGAUAUAUAGAUUAGAUACAUCUACACUGUAUAUUAAUCUAGUACACCAUUGAAACUCAAGCA